UUCCUCUACUGGGCCCCACAUAGAUACAAACAAAUUCAUUAAUUAAAUUCGUCCCUACAAGCAAUUCAAAGCCUUUUUGCAAGUGAACAAUGGGGAAAAUGAAGAGGCGCCAAAUUCUGAUAGGUUUAGGGUUCGUAAUGCUUCUGGGCAUCGCCGUUUACCUUCGCCUGUGGACAAUUGAUUAUCGCAUCUCGUCCAACGAUACAGAGCUUCUGAGGAAGCAGUUUGAUCUGGCUAACCGAGAAGCUAUGGAUGAAUCUGCUGAGUGGAGAAGGAGAUUCGAUCAUGAGUUUGAUAAGGCAUCAAAGUGCUUAAGUGAACUGGAUGAGUAUAUGAUGAAAGCAGCUAAUCAGAGUUUUGCACAGAUGAAGAAGUCCCUUCAUGGACGAACAAAACAGACGAUCGUGAACCGGAACAUGGAGAUGUUACAAAAGGAAAACAUUGAUCUGCUCGAGCGGGUCGAGUCAUUGAAAAAAGAACUCGAGGCAGAGAAAUUAAGAUGCAGCACGCCGAAGAUUUAGUGUCGUUAGAUGUGUUGUAACUUGUAACAACAAUGCCACUUCUUUGUUUUCUCCCCCUUAUAUUGACCUUAUUAGACAAAAGGACAUUCUUCAAAGCUAACUCGACGAGUCGAUCACAAUGAAUUAACCAAAUGUCUAAAUAUGGUAACUACAUAUUGAGGUGAGUUUACUUUUAUUUAUGCCAAAAAAGAACAGCAAAGAGAAGACUGAUUCACAAAUUGGAUAUAAAUGAAUUAACCAAAUGUUUAAAUAUGGUAACUACAUAUUGAGGUGAGUUUACUUUUAUUUAUGCCAAAAAAGAACAGCAAGGAGAAGACUGAUUCACAAAUUGGAUAUAAAU